AAAAUAUUUAGUUUGUAUCGUUUUAUGAUAUAGUCUGUGGUAUAGUCUUUGUUAGCAAGUUUCAAAUAAUAGCUAAAUGACUGCUUUUGAAAUGAACAAAAACGGAUUUGGUGUUACGUACGCAAUUGUUAGAUAUUCUUCAACUUCGGAUUUAGAAAAGUGUUCUGAAGAUACUGUUUGCGUAAGAAAAUUUUCAGACGCCUCAAGCCAUAAAAUGUUGCAUGAUCAUGAAAGAAAAGAUUUUAAUUUCAAAUUGGGAAAGUAUCAAAAACUGUUAGAAAAGGAACAUGAUUUAAGAAUGAGAUUGAACAGUGAUGCUGGUGAAGGAAUUAGCUAUAUAAAUAGACGCAGAGCCACUGCAACAUCAGAUGCAAGUUAUUCAAGAUGCUUAUGUGGCAGGAAAAUCUACUCUUCAGUAAACGGUAAUCAAGCAGGCUGCACAGAAGACAAAACUUCAAACGUUAGAACUAGUAAUCCAAGAAGAUGCCAUCAUAUGUCUUUAAACGACGAGUGUCAAUUAAGAGAAACAGACAGAAAAUCUUUUGUUCGCAAAGAAAGACCUGCUUCAAUGUGUGAAAUAGACAAUUCAUUACGCAUUUUAGAGGCAAGAGAAAAAGCAGAUAAUCGAAAACAAAAAUUACAUAUGUUGGAACAAGAUUGCAUAAAAGCGUCCAAGUUAAUAUCUAAAUCUAAUUCUAAUCUCAAUCAAAUUUUCUAAUAAAACGAAACGAAUUUUUUAAAUACUUUCAAUAUUUUUUAAUAUGCUUCAAUCUGAAGUGAAUAAGUUUAGUAAUAACAUGUGAUGACAGCUGCAUAAAAUGUGAUGACAGCUGCGUAAAAUGUGAUGAUAGCUGCAUAAAAUGUGGUGACCGUAACGACCUAAAAGAUUCAGAGCGUCACAUAUUAUUGACACUUAAAUUUUCUCAAUGAGAAAAACUUGUAUAAUAAAUUAUUUUAGAAAAUAACCGAACAUAUUUUUUUUAA